GGACACAGGUAAUUUACAUAUGAAAGGUAUUUUGGUCUAUUGUGACGGCAAGUGGGACGAGAGGCACAUUUAAAACAUAUGCUGAAAGGAUAUAUCACAAUGAGCGUACUGACAAUCUGUUUCAUCUCAUGGAAGCAAGUUAUAAAAUGCAGAAUGGGGUAGACAAGAUGUCCAUCUUUAAGGAAUAAAAUGACCUUGUACUGAUCAUGAGGCCAUAAACAGUCAAGCUACGGUAACCACCAUGGAUAAAAUGCCACGCAGUAGUAACAAGGUUCUACCGCAAAACAUGAGCAUUCCUGCUACAAAUAUCAAAGAAAACGGCAAUGUUUUUAUGGUUGGAAACAAAAAUGGUGAUAUCAAAAUUAGCUCCCCUGGCAGCUCGAGACCAGGAACAGCCAACUCGAGCACACGGAAAUCAGCCUGGGACAGAGCUCGCGAGAAGUACAAGGAACAACAGCAGCAGGUGAAACAGUCAUCAAGGAUUGACCCAAUCGUCGGGGACGACAACGUGACUAACAAGCAGUACCUCGAUGUUAAAGCUAUCAUAAGUGUGUUUAAAUCAAAAAGGUUCAAGGACAUCCAACUGGAGUGGCUUUUUCAGAAAUACUUCUUCAAGCUGAAUCAGACGAACCUCUCAAUUCUGAUGGCACUUUUCUGUGUGACCUGUGUUCUGUCUAUCAUUUCUUACUACACAGGUGGCGCCACAUUACCAGCAAGGGGAGUUAACCUUGGGAUAGCCCUUGUGACGUUUGUAGUGCUGGAGGUUGUGUGUAACCGUGGUACAUUUUUUCAGCAGCAGAUGGUUGUGAUUUGCUAUAUAAACUUGGUGCUGCUCUGCGAAUUUGUCGUUCUCAUGUGCCUAGACACGGACCCGUCUUCUGCAACUGACUCCGCUUGGAGCACGAUCAUCUUUAUAUAUAUGCUUUACACCCUUCUUCCAAUCAGAAUGAGGCUGGCUGUCAUUAGUGGAGUUGGAAUGUCUGUUCUUCAGAUUGUCUGCUCAAUUGCAAAAAAUCACUCCGAUGUCUUUCUCUGGAAACAGGUUGUUGCUAAUUCAUUUGUAUUCAUUUGUGCAAACAUCGCGGGAGUUUUCACACAUUAUCCGACAGAGGUGGCCCAGCGCCAGGCUUUCCUAGAGACUCGCAAAUGUAUUGAGGCAAGGUUGACGACUCAACGGGAAAACCAGGAACAGGAACGACUUCUGCUAUCAGUAUUGCCCCGUCACGUUGCCAUGGAGAUGAAAGCGGACAUUGCAGGGAAACCCAAGGAUACUAUGUUUCAUAAAAUCUAUAUUCAGCGCCAUGAAAAUGUGAGUAUCCUAUUUGCGGAUAUGUGUGGAUUCACGCAGCUUUCUUCGCAGUGUACAGCACAGGAACUAGUCCAGUUACUCAAUGAACUAUUUGCCCGGUUUGACCGUCUGGCGGCAGACAACCAUUGCCUGCGAAUCAAGAUCCUCGGUGACUGUUACUACUGCGUUAGCGGACUGCCCGACCCCCGUCCAGACCACGCCCAUUGUUGUGUGGAGAUGGGUCUUGACAUGAUACAGGCCAUCUCGUUAGUUAGAGAUGUGACCGGGGCGGAUGUCAACAUGAGAGUAGGAAUUCACAGCGGCCGUGUCCAUUGUGGUGUUCUGGGACUGCGGAAGUGGCAGUUUGAUGUCUGGUCAAAUGACGUUACCCUGGCCAACACCAUGGAAGCAGGGGGCGUACCGGGUUUGGUACAUAUUACGGAGGAGACGCUAGGGUUCCUGAAUGAGUGUUACGCCGUGGAGCCUGGCAACGGUGGCGAGAGGAAUGCAUAUCUUCGUGACAACAAAAUCACCACAUAUCUAAUCCAUGGGGAACAACAGAAGAUCAAGGAAAGGCCAAAAGUUUCACCCAAGAAAUCUGCCAGGGGACGACCUCCUCAGGGAAUAGAAAAAAGUGCAGCAGCCAAGAGAAUGGGGUUUGAUGAUGAUCCUAAUGCAAAUAUCCAUCACAAAUUGGGGUUUGGAGAUCACUUUGAGUCCAAGAACCCAGAAGCAGAGGUGAACGAGUACUUAGGACGGGCUAUUGACGCUCGGAGUAUAGAGAAGCUUCGCUCCGACCAUGUUACAACAUUCUUUCUUACCUUCCGAAAGAAAGAUCUGGAGGAAAAGUAUUCGAAGGUACGGGACACUAUGUUCACCUCUCACCUCUGCUGUACGUUACUAAUACUGAUGUGUAUUGCCAUCAUUCAACUCGUCAUUUUACAUCAAUCAAUAAUUUUAGCAAUAUUUUUCCCGUCAUGUUUCGUCAUUAUCAUCAUUUUGUUCCUGUUGGUUUUAUCCGAGUCCUCACAGUUUAUGCCAAAAGGACUGAGAUCUGCAGCCACGAAAAUCGCAGUCAAUAAAUGGCUCAAUCAAAUAGUGACCACCCUGGCCGUCUCUGUCCUCUUUGUGGCCUCUGUGUUUGCCAUGUUUUUCCUUGGAACCAACAGUUAUAUUGAAUGUCUUUCAUCAUAUUAUGGAAUAUCUCAAUCCAGUUUCAACAUAAGUUUGGUGCAUUUGGCAAAUAUCUCGCGAGUAACCGAAACUAACAUAUGCCACCAAUCAGAUGCGACGACACAUUUCCCUGAACACUUUACCUUCUGUGUUAUGCUAGCUAUGAUAGGCUGUGCUGUAUACGUACAGGCCAGUAGUGUGUUCAAACUUGUCGUACUCCUUGUCAUGUUAUUAGGCUAUUGUGUGAUAGUCGAAGUGUUCUUCGUCAAUUUGUAUGACAAUCGGGACUUACUAUUGGUGGCAGGAAGUGGUAAGGAGCUCGGUGACCCAGUUUCCUUUAUCCCCCUGAAGUGGGAGACAGUAGCAGUGCUGGUGGUGCUAGUCGGGAUCCUUUUUGUACAGACACAACAAGUAGAAUCUACAUCCAGACUCGACUUUCUGUGGAAAGUCCAGGCGACCGAAGAGAAGGAGGAGAUGGAGAGUCUGCGAGCCUACAACAAGAGGCUUGUCACCAACAUCCUUCCAAUCAAUGUGGCUGAACACUUCAUGAAAAACACAUACAAAAAGGAUGAGGACUUGUACUACAUGGAUUCGGAGAACUCGUGUAUUAUGUUUGCAUCCAUAACCAACUUUUCCGAGUUUUACAUGGAGCUGGAGGGAAACAAUGAGGGUGUGGAAUGUCUCCGUCUCCUUAACGAGAUCAUUGCCGACUUUGACGAAGUACUGGGGGAUGAGAAAUUUGGAUGUAUUGAGAAGAUAAAGACAAUCGGGUCGACUUAUAUGGCUGCAUCUGGUCUCACACCCCAGACAAACUUUUCAGACAUGAGUCAUGUUAUUGCUCUUGCGGAGUAUGCCUUUGCUAUUCAGGCACAGCUGCAGUAUGUCAACGAGCAUUCCUUCAACAACUUCAAACUCCGAAUCGGAAUGAACGUGGGGCCUGUAGUCAGCGGAGUUAUCGGCGCCCGUAAGCCUCACUAUGAUAUCUGGGGAAACAGCGUGAAUGUUGCCAGUAGAAUGGACAGUACCGGGCUGCCCAACUGUAUACAGGUAACACAGGAUAUGCACAACAUUUUGUCAGUCAGAGGAUAUGAGCUGAAGUGUCGUGGCAUUGUCAAGGUCAAGGGCAAGGGUGAUAUGACCACGUAUUUCCUUACCGGACGUCCAGACGGCAAAAGUCACAUGGUUAUGCAGACCUAAUGUUAUUGCUCAUAUGGCAAUUUAAUCAAAUUUAAACACAGUGCUUUUUUCUAUUUGAGAAACAGAUUAGUCCAGUUUUCGUGUCAUUUUGGAUGUGUACAAGUAUGGUGUAAAAUAACACCCACAUGCAACUUUUUAAAGUGGCACUACAGUCUAAGGGAGACUACUCCCAGAAUUUUGAUUGACUGAAGAUCUGACUGUCCAACAGGGGCCUUAGAAAGUUGAAUGAUAUUUUGUUAUAAUGGUAAAAGUUAAUCCAGUUUUUCUGUUUAACAUUAAGAUUUUUAACUUAUUUUUUUUUACAUCCUCCUGUUAUUUUGAGUUCGUUAUCUUGCCCUAGUCAUGGAUUGUCAUGGACUAAUAGCUAGUCCAUUGAUUUUAAUGGGUGUUUCGCUAAUAAAUAGUUGAUUUAUUUUAAUGUGGUUUUAACUAGUCAGUUGAUUUUAAUUGGUUUUUAAGCUAAUAACUAGUCAGUUGAUUUUAAUUGGUCUUUUUUAACUAAUAUCUAGUCAGCUGAUUUUAAUGGGGUUUAACUAAUAACUAAUCAAUUGAUUUUAAUGAGGUUUUAACUAAUAACUAGUCUGUUAAUUUUAAUGGGGUUUAACUAGUAACUAGUCUGUUAAUUUUAAUGGGGUUUAACUAAUUAAUAAUCAAGUAAUUUUAAUGGGGUUUAACUAAUUAAUAAUCAAGUGAUUUUAAUGGGUCUUUUUUAACUAAUUAUUAGUCAGUUGAUUUUUAUGGGGUUUUAAGCUUAUAACUACUCAGUUGAUUUUGAUGAACUUUCAACUAAUAUAUAGUCCACUGAUUGUCAUUAUCUUUAGAUAAGAUGAUAUAGGAUAGUGAACAUUUUAUCAAAGAAAGAUUUUUUUUCAAUUACCAUAUUUUGAGAUUUCUUUGCACUAUACAAAAUAUGUUCACAUUUCGUGGAUGUUAUAAGAUCAUCCAUUGGUAUUCAAAUGUUUAAUAAGUUUUGUCUUUGAUAAGAAUGUGGUACUAGUGAUGAUUAUGUACAUGUAUGUCUUUAGCACCAUACACAUAAGAUAUCAUGCAGACAUGAAAACUACCUAAAACUUAAUAUAAAUGUAUAUUUAAUAUUUUUUAAAUGAAAAUUAGAUUGGAUUUCAUAAAGGUAUAGAUUUUUUUUCUCACAAUAGUUGUGAUGACAAGUUACAUAUCUCAUGUAUAUUUUUAUAGUAGGGUGUACAUCUUGUCUAUGUUAUGUGAAAAUUGUGAUGUUUCAACCAAAUAUAUGAUUUAUCAUCCUGUAUAGAAAAAUACAUAUACUCAUAGUGAUGAAAGAACUUCGGAUGUAGUCUCUGUCAUAUAGGUCCUUAAACUGUUGAUGCCGUCCUCCCGUCACCAUGGUAACUGUGUUUGUAUAUAUAUACAAUAUGCUUUCUGACCCUCUCGUUUACAUGAUAGUCAUGUGCUAUACACAUCUACAUGCCCUGCCCCUCUUGUCACCAUGGUAACUGUAUACACACACACAUGUAUAUACUUUCUACCCCUCCUGUCACCAUGGUAACCAUGUGUUAUACACUUUAUAUGCCCUCUUGCUCUUAUCACCAUGGUAACUGUAUACACACACACACAAACAUGUAUAUACUAAAUUCCUGCCCCUCCUGUCACCAUGGUAACUGUUUGUAUACAAACAUAUAUAUAUAUAUAUACGUCGUGCCAUUUCUGUCACCAUGGUAACUGUAUACACACACAUGUAUAUAUGUCUUGCCCCUCCUGUUACCAUGGUAACCUUGUGUAUGCACAUACAUGUAUACAUAUACAUCCUGCCAUACCUGUCACCAUGGAAACUUUUUUUUUUUAUAUACAUGUGCUUGUGUAUGUGUAGCCUGGUAUGUUUGUAUGUGUCUUUUACAUAUUCUUGCCAAUGAUCUAUGUAUUUAGUGUUGUUGUUUUUUCUGUUAUAGUAUACAAAUAUUGAUAUUGAUGAUAACUGCUAGUCAGAGUGCAUAUAUUUGUUCGUUUUUAUGUA